CACAAGUUAAUGGAGGAUAGAUCAUGGCGUUGAAAUACACAGUAAUUUGUUUACUUCUUUUGAUGACAACUCAUGAUGACCAAAAUGGAUUUGUGUUGGCAUCCAAAAGUUGUGAUUGUGCCUGCAAUUCUGCCGGGAUCACAUACGACGAUCUUGAUCCAGUGACUCAGGAAAAAGUAAACAACAUCACAAAGGAACUCAAGGUUGAUACACGGAAUACAAGCUCCCACACCCGUACCCUUAUAUCCGCUUCAGACCCAAGACCAUCAGCUCAGGCAGCAGGUUUCAUAGGAAUCGUAAUACUUUCCAUUGUAUUUGGAUCACUCGUGUUAUUAGAUCUGACUCGACUUUGUUUCAAGUCGGAAAUAAAGUAUAUUGACUGAAAGUUUUAAAUCAUAUUUAUGAAAGUACUGAUGAAAUAAUUAUGUGGCAAAUAAUGUUUGAAGGCAUUUUUUAAAUCCGGAAAUUAAGAAUUAAGUAAAAAAAAGAUAAAAUAAUUUACCUUAAUCUGAACUCGUGUAACACGGGAAAGACCUAAACGUAUUUCACCGAUUGAAUUGCUAGACAUGGAACAUUUCAAGUACUUCAAGUAUUAUAUCGGUACGUUGUACAUGCAUAUCAAGAGCUUUUAAUGGACGAAUUGUCAGUCUUUGGUAAUUUUAAAUGUCAGAGAUUGAAUAAACAGAUAAUACACUCUG